AAUUGAACUCCCUGCACUGCCUUCUUUCAGAGAGAGAAAUAGAGCUUCCAGAAAACAACCCUAGAAUUCUCUCUCGACGUUCUCCGGAGUCGGAGAAUCCAUUCUCGGCCAGUCUACCCUCAGAUUACCAUUUCUCUGCGCUAGGCUUGUAUCCACGACCUCCAAAAUGAUUAUUGUUGUUUAAGCUGCUUCCAAUUUCUAUUCCAGAGGCCAGGAUUAAUGUUGACUACAUUUUUUUCCCUAUCAUAUUUGAUAACCGAAACACUCUGCUCUUUAUCUUUGUGUAAAAGUCACUUCAUCACGGAAUUCUGAAGUCUUCGGAUGCAUGAGUUUUAGAUUGAGCAUAAAUUAAGCAGAGGACACCGAGACAAACUCCAACAGUUUAUGGCCAUAACUGGUACAAGUGAAAAGGUUGCUCACCAGGCCCUGAAGGCUAGUGAGUGGCAUCUUGAAGGAGCUAUUGAUGUGUUUUACAGUCAACCCCUAAUUAAAGCAUUCACCGACUCUAGACAUUUGGAAGAGCUUUAUAGCAGAUAUAAAGAUCCAUAUGUUGACAUGAUAUUGGCUGAUGGUAUCUCACUGCUCUGCAAUGACCUUCAGGUGGAUCCUCAAGAUAUAGUUAUGUUGGUUGUUUCUUGGCAUAUGAAGGCGAACACAAUGUGUGAAUUUUCCAAACAGGAAUUUAUAGGUGGAUUACAAGCACUAGGGAUAGAUUCUCUGGAGAGGUUCAGAGAAAGGAUACCAUAUAUGCGCUCUGAGUUGAAAGACGAACAUAAGUUUCGUGAUAUUUACAACUUCGCAUUUGGUUGGGCAAAAGAAAAGGGGCAGAAAUCCUUAGCAUUGGACACUGCAAUUGGAAUGUGGCAGUUACUAUUUGCUGAAAAGCAGUGGCCUCUGGUUGACCACUGGUGUCAGUUCUUGCAGGCUCGGCAUAAUAAAGCUAUUUCUAGGGACACGUGGUCUCAGCUUCUGGAGUUUGCAAGGACUGUGGAUCCUACACUAUCAAAUUACGAUGCCGAAGGUGCAUGGCCAUACCUCAUCGAUGAAUUUGUUGAAUACCUGAACGAGAAUGGCAUAAUCCAUGGUGGUCAACCGAAUGAUUCGAGUCAAGUAAGAUGAUAUGCUACUGCAGUUGGUUUGGGAUUUAUUUCGUAUUUAUGUUGGUGUGAUUUGAAUACCCUCUGGUUCAAUUCAUUGGGGAAAUAAGAUAUGAGGGGGAAGAAGGCGAGCGACUGACAUCUGAGUGAAGACAUUUUAUUUGUUGUUGGAUUUGGUAUAUCAUCUAUAUAUUACUGAGUGGGAAAGUGGAUUUUUAGAGUAAUAACAAUUUCAACGCUCUCUCUCUUC